AUGCACUCUAAACUGGGUCAUUCUGCACGCAGAGGGCUGGGGGCUUGGCUGACUGUCCCUGUGUGUCUCCUGUGCCCCAGGCUCUCGGCAGCUCCGACUAUCUGGCCAGGAGAGAGAGAAAUGGGUAACAGCAUGAAGUCCACGCCUGCCCCGCCUGAGAGACCGCUGCCCUGCUUAGCAGAUGGCCUGGACAGCGACUUCCUCGCAGUGCUGAAUGACUACCCGGCUCCGGACAUCAGCCCACCCAUAUUCCGCCGAGGGGAGAAAUUACGCGUGAUCUCUGACGAAGGGGGCUGGUGGAAAGCCAUUUCUCUUAGCACUGGCCGAGAGAGCUACAUUCCCGGGAUCUGUGUGGCCAAAGUUUACCACGGCUGGCUGUUCGAAGGACUGGGUAGAGACAAGGCCGAGGAGCUGCUACAGCUGCCAGACACCAAGAUGGGCUCCUUUAUGAUCAGAGAGAGCGAGACCAAGAAAGGCUUCUACUCGCUGUCGGUGAGGCACAGGCAGGUGAAGCAUUACCGGAUCUUCCGUCUGCCCAACAACUGGUAUUACAUCUCCCCGAGGUUGACCUUCCAGUGCCUGGAGGACCUGGUCAACCACUAUUCCGAGGUGGCCGAUGGACUCUGCUGUGUGCUCACCACGCCCUGCCUGACACAGAACACAGCCACCCUCGUCGUGCGGCCACCCAGCACGCCCGUCACCCUGCGCCCCAAGACUUUUGACUGGAAGAGAGCCUCCAGGCUGGACGACGGCGCCCAGGGUGCAGGGAGCCCACUGGGUGUGGACGAGUCCCUCUUCAGCUAUGGCCUCCGGGAAAGCAUCGCCUCCUACCUGUCCCUGACAGGGGACGACAGCACGACCUUUGACCGGAAGAAGAAGAGCGUGUCUUUGAUGUACAGCGGGAGUAAGAGGAAGAGUUCCUUCUUCUCACCGCCCUACUUUGAAGACUAG